AUGGAUCAACAACAGAUCGAAGAUGCACUUAGUGAUUCAGAUUUUUCAUUUUCGGAUGAAAGUGUUGAUGACAGCGAUGACGAUCUUCUUUUUCAACUAUCUGAUAGUGAUGAUGAAUUCGAUGGUCACGAAUCACUUCCAGUACAAAUUAAUGUGGAUAAUGAUAAUAAUAUAUCAUCAAACUGGUAUCCUGUUACAGGUAAUUACCAAAAAUAUUUUGUUUACGAAAACAAUCGCACGUUACCUGAAGAAUUACUGGUAAAUAAUGAACCAUAUGAUUAUUUUAAAUUAUUUCUUACUGACGAUAUACUUAACUGUAUGGUUUUGGAAACUAAUAGAAAUGCUGAACAGUAUCUAAAAAGUAUUAGACUUUCGCGAAGUAGUAGAUUCCAUUCAUGGGAACCCAUAACAUUAGAGGAUAUGACGAAAUGUAUUGGAUUAUUACUUUGGAUGGGUGUUGUAAAAUAUCCGACCAUUUCUGAUUAUUGGAGUAAGGCUGAACGAUAUGAAAAUAUUGUAGCUUCGAAAAUAAUGAGCAGAAAUAAAUUUGAACUAAUAUUACGAUUCUGGCAUUUUGCCGAUAAUGAAACAAGUGAUAGAUCCGAUCGUUUGUACAAAAUAAGGAAUAUUCUCGAUAAAAUUAAUUUCAAUUUUGAUCAUUUACUUACACCGGGAGAAAUCAUUGCUGUAGACGAGUCUAUGAUCCCUUUCAGAGGAAGAUUAAAAUUUCGGCAAUACAUUCCGAGCAAACGACAUAAGUACGGUGUUAAACUAUUUAAAGUAUGUGAUGUUAACGGUUUUACAUUUAAAAUAAUUAUUUAUGAAGGAAAACAGUCUAUUGCUGGUCAAUCGUUAGGUGAAACAAUCGUACUGUCGUUAUGCGAAAAAUAUCUAGAAGAAGGUAGAACAGUUGUUACAGAUAAUUUUUAUACUUCUGUUCCACUCGCUAAAAAACUUUUAAAGAAAAAAACACAUUUAGUAGGAACACUAAGGAAAAAUCGCCGUUACUUACCUAAAGAAGUAAUUACAAAAAAAAUAAAAAAAGGAGAAAUUUUCGGAAAAGAAGACGAAGAUGGAAUAGUAGUAUCUAAAUUUAAAGAUAAACGAGAUAUAUUUUUACUAUCUACACGUCACAAAUUAGAUAUUGUAGACACGGGAAAACAAUCUCGGAAAAAAGAAAAUAUUUUGAAGCCUGAUGUCAUUUUAUUUUACAAUUCAGGAAAAGCUGGUAUUGAUUUAUCGGACCAACUCGCAUCCUAUUCUACUCCAGUCAGAAAAAGUAUCCGUUGGUAUCAUAAAGUCAUGACUGAGAUAUUACUUAAUACUAGUGUUAUUAAUGCUCAAAUCAUGUAUAACAUGAAAUAUUACAACUCAAAAAUGAAUGUAAAACAAUUUCGCGAGUCGUUAAUUGAUAAAAUGCUUAACCUAAGACCUACCAGCCGGAAAUUAGCACAAGAAAUGUCCACACCUAAAACUACUGGAAAUCAGAGAAGAUCAGCAGCACCUAAACAUAAAAUUGAAGAAACAGAAGAGAAGUGUGCAAGAAAUAGGAAACUACGAAAACGUUGUACAGAGUGUUAUAAAAAAAUAUCACAAGAAAAAGGAUUUAGAGAAGCAUUAAAUAAAACAAAAAAGGUCACUACGUUUUGCAGCACAUGUCCAUCAAACCCAUUCAUUUGUUUAUCAUGUUUUUCUGACCAUAAAUAAUAAUAGUUUUUGUA